AUGGAAAGCAAAGAUCUCAUUUCAGAGCCUGGAGCAGCGCAAACACGGGUCUACAGCAGUUAAACACCUGGAGAAGGAGGCUGUGGUGUCCCUGACUUGGUUACAGCUGGAGACAUGAGGUCCCAAGCUGCCCUUCCCGUCCUGCUUCUCCUCAUCCUGCACCUCGCAGCUGGGGCGUCUGCAGCACAGAGUUAUGUGGUCACAUCCCCAGCUGUGAUCUACCACCCCCACAGAGCAAUGCUGUGGGUCCAUCUCAGUGGCCUCCAUGAGCCUGUCCAUGUGACCAUCCAGCUCCAGAGAAAAGACAGGACCCAUAACAUCAUUCUGCUGGAGAGGAUGGUCCAGGAGCCUCAUCUGUACUUGAACAUCACCUUCCCCGCUCCAGCUCCCACCAAAGGGAAGGAGGAAAUUGUAGACCUGCAUGUCUUAAUCCAGGGAGAUUCCCUGGAUGUCUCCAAGACAAAGAAGGUGAUGUUGAGAGCCCUAGAGCCUGGGAUCUUCAUACAGACAGACAAGGCUGUCUACAAGCCUGGACAGCAAGUGACGUUUCGAAUUGUCUCUUUGGAUAAAGACUUCAUGCCCAGCACUAAGAAGCUGCCCCUUGUCUUCCUGAAGGAUCCCAGUGGGAACCGCAUCGCGCAGUGGCAGGAGGUGAGCCCACGGCAGGGCAUCGUGGACCUGUCCCUCCCGCUGGCUGCAGAGCCAGCUCUGGGCACGUACAUCAUUGAGGCGGAGGGGAAGAGCCACUCCUUCAGCGUGGAGGAAUAUGUGCUGCCCAAGUUUGAGAUGACCAUUGACAUCCCUGCUGUGGUGCUGGAGAAGGACAAGAAGUUUCAGAUGGAGAUUUGUGGACGGUACACCUACGGGAAGCCUGUCCAGGGGAAGAUCCAGGCCAGCUUGUGCCAGCCCUUCAGGCACAUCUGGCACGUGUACAGCAUUUAUGAUGCCCCUGAGAAAAAGAUGAACUGCAUCCAGGUUAGCGGGCAGACUGAGAAGAAUGGCUGCUUUUCAACUGAGGUUUUGUUGAGUGCCUUCAACCUGACCAACUCCAGAUAUCAGAAGCAAAUCCAAGUCCAGGCGUCAUUGGUGGAGGAUGGUACAGGGCUGGAGCUGAAAAACACCAAGAGCUGCAAGAUUUUACCUGAAAUUUUCACUGUCACUUUUGAAAACAUCGAUGAUUUCUACAAGCCUGGGAUUCCCUACACUGGGACGAUGCUGCUGAAGGGAGCUGAUGGUGCCGUGCUGCCACAGAAGCAGCUCUUGCUCAUCGUUAGCCAGCAAGGAAAAGAUACAAGACAGACCUUCCUGACAGACAGAUCAGGGAGAGCCUCCUUUGAGCUGGAGACUUCUGGAUGGAGUGGCACGGUCUCCCUGCAUGGUCGAGUCAACAAGACAGCUCACGCCCAGAACGAUGGCUCGAGACUCACCUAUGAAAAUGCCCAUGCAUAUCUCAGACCCUUCUUCUCGGCAAGCAGGAGCUUCCUGCAGAUCCGCCAGCUAAAGAGGGAGCUGCCCUGUGGCCAGUCCCAGCAGCUCUGGGUGGACUACAUCUUCAGCAAGGAGGCCUUGGGGACUGAGCUGAAGAGCCUGGAUGUGGUCUUCCUGGUCCUGGCCAAGGGGACCAUUGCCACUGUCCUCAGGAAAGAGCUGCCUGCAGAGGCUGGGCUGAGAGGAUCCUUCUCCCUGGAGCUGCCCAUUGGCCCUGAGCUGGCACCCAGGGCCAAGGUGCUGGGCUACGUGGUGCUGCCCGACAGCGAGAUGGUGGCUGACAGCACCGAGCUCAAGGUGGCCAAGUGCUUCCCCAGCACGGUGAAGAUGGCUUUUUCAGAGGACAGGGCUCUGCCUGGCUCGGCACUGCAGCUGAAGCUGGAGGCUGCCCCGGGAUCCCUGUGUGCUGUCCGUGCCGUGGACCGGAGUGUGCUGCUCUUGAAGCCUGAGGCCGAACUCAGCACAGAGGCGGUCUACAAAGUACUCCCCGAAUUUGACUACCCUAGAAGCAUUCAGGACCCACCACCCUGUCCAGAAUUUCCCUGGGAUUAUCCCAUCGACUAUGACUUUCCUGUCAGCCCACUUGUAGUGAGUCAGCAAGACUUCAUUCUCCCUCCGGCAAGGCAUCACUUACCAUACCAUUUUCAGAGGAGUUCCCAGGUGGACACCUACAAGUUAUUUCAGAACGCAGCACUGAAACUUUUCACCAAUGCCAAGACCAGUGAUGUUUGCAAAAAGAUAUUCGGCUUGCCUGAGAUGCAGCUUUCCCAAGGUCCCAGAGGUGCCAAGUUACAUGUCACCGAUUUGCCUGAACGACUUGAUGUCCUGAAAGUAAUGAGCCCUGCUAUCCCUGUCGCCAAUGUCCAGGAAGAGCCACCAGCACCCCGGACAUAUUUCCCAGAGACGUGGCUGUGGGACCUGAUCCCUGUGGGGGAGGGGGGCUCUGCAGAGGUGGCGGUGACGGUGCCCGAUGCCAUCACCAAGUGGGAAGCCGGGAUGUUCUGCACGUCCCCGCUGGGCUUGGGGCUGGCCCCUGCCACCGCCCUCACGGCCUUCAAGCCCUUCUUCGUGGAGCUGGCGCUGCCCUACGCCGUGGUCCGCCACGAAGCCUUCACCCUUGUGGCCACCGUCUUCAACUACCUGCGGCAGUGCCUGCGGGUUCAGGUGACGUUGGUGGAGUCAGCGGAGCUGGAGGUGUCGCCGAGCGCGGAUGAGCUGUACGGCGGUUGUAUCUGUGCAGACGAAGCGAGGACAUUCCGAUGGAGCGUGCGAGCCACCAGCCUGGGGGAGGUGAACAUCACCAUCAGCACCGAGGCUCUCAGCUCCAAGGAGCUCUGUGGCAAUGAGAUGCCCGUGGUGCCGGCUCAGGGGCGCGUGGACACCAUGAUAAAGCCCUUGCUGGUGCAGCCCGGGGGCAUCCUGGUGGAGAAGGCGCACAACUCCCUGCUCUGCCAGGAAGUCACUGAAGAAAUCUCCUUGGAGGUUCCUGCAAACAUCCUGGAGGGCUCCCAGCGAGCCCACAUCACCGUGAUGGGUGACAUCAUGGGCAACGCUCUCCAGAACCUGGACCACCUCCUGGCCAUGCCCUACGGCUGUGGGGAGCAGAACAUGGUUCGCUUUGCCCCCAACAUCUACAUCCAGCAGUACCUGGAGAAGAGCGGGCAGCUGCACCCCGACAUCCGCGCCAAGGCGCAGGGCUUCCUGCAGAGCGGGUACCAGCGAGAGCUGCUCUAUAAACAUGAUGAUGGCUCUUACAGCGCCUUCGGGAAGAGCGAUCCCAGUGGCAAUACCUGGCUGACAGCAUUUGUCCUCAAGUCCUUCGGACAAGCCAGAGCCUACGUGGCCAUCGAGGAGCGGCACAUCACCGAUGCACUGCGCUGGCUGCAGAAGCAGCAGCAGCAGACGGGCUGCUUCCGCAGUGUGGGAAAGCUCUUCAACAACGCCCUGCAGGGUGGUGUCUCAGACACGCUCUCACUGUCGGCUUAUGUCACGGCUGCAAUACUGGAGCUGGGGCUGUCGCCAAAGGACACGAUGGUGAGCUCAGCCCUGCAGUGCCUGGAGGCUUCAGCCACAGACAACCCCUACACUCAGGCGCUGCUGGCCUACGUCUUUGGGCUGGCAGGGCGCAGGGAGCAGCAGCAAGCCCAGCUGCAGAGCCUGGCCCAGCACAGCGUCAGUGCAGAGGGGCAGCUCUACUGGCAGAGGAAGGAGAAGGCUAUGCCACCCUCGCAGCCCUCCUGGGCUGUCGCCGCACCAGCGGAGGUGGAGAUGACCGCCUACGUCCUCCUGGCCUACCUCUCCCAGCCCCAGUUGUCCUCUGCUGACCUGGGAACUGCUUCCCAAAUCGUCCGCUGGCUCAGCAAGCAGCAAAACCCCUACGGGGGCUUCGCCUCCACACAGGACACCGUUGUGGCACUACAAGCCCUGGCCAAAUAUGCCGCCCUGACGUACAGCAGCAACGGGGACUUCAUGGUGACAGUGACAGCACCGACGGGCACCACGCAGGACUUUGUGCUGCACAACAGCAACCGGCUGGUGCUGCAGCGGGCGGCUCUGCACGAACUGCCGGGGACAUACAGGAUCCGAGCCCGUGGGCAGGGCUGUGCCCUGGUGCAGGUGACCCUACGCUAUAACGUGCCGCCCCCUCCGAGCGUGGGGACGUUCGACCUCCGCGUGGAGACAGAGCCCCGGGAGUGCACGGGGGACGCCAGCACCCGCUUCCGCCUCCUCCUACGGGCACGGUACACUGGGGAGCGUCCCGCCACCAACAUGGUUGUCAUCGAGGCCAAGCUGCCCUCUGGUUACAUCCCCGACAAGAGCUCCAUGGUGGAGCUGAAGAGGCAGAAGCUGGUCAAGAAGGUGGAGGUGCAGCCCGACCAGGUGACCAUUUACCUGGACCAGCUGACAAAGGAGGAGGAGACCUUCUCAUUCACCACCACACAGGACUUCCCAGUCAGGAACCUCCAGCCGGCCACUGUGACGCUCUACGACUACUAUGAGACAGGUGACCGCACAGAUGCUGCCUACAGUGCACCUUGCAGCUCAGAGGCUGACAGUCAGGAGCAGGAAAACUUCUAGCACAGCCUGAAGCCUGACAGCUGGUGCCCUCCAUUCACCCCAACUCCCUCCACCACCGAGGACCAGAACAGCCAAUGGUCUCUGCUCCCACCCUGGCCCUGGCCCUGACCCUCCAUGAAGUCGGGACGUGGCCCAGAGACGCUCAGAGCCCCACUCGCACCCAGCACAGCCCGGGUCACUCGGGACUCAGCCACUUGUCCCUGCAGCGCAGCUCCCACCCCAGCAGGACACAACGGAGCCACGGCCAAGGGGUGACGCAGACCCCCGGGCAGAGACUUGCUGCUCUGCAAGCCCCUGCCCCAGGUACUUGACCUCAGUUGAGGAGCCAAGUGGUGGCGUCACAGGGACACCCCAGUGCAUCGCCCCCCACACCCCCAGGGAGCUCAGCGGCACCAGGUCUGGCCUCUCCCCUCCCCAGGGCCCUGCAACAGCACCAAUAUAAUCCCAGAAUCAUACAUGUUGGAAAAGCCCUUGCAGCUCCUCCAGCCCCACCAUGACCCUCACCCUGACCAUUCCCAACUCCCCCAGAUCCCUCAGUGCUGGCUCAG